AUGCGCGUUGAAGGACAACGCUUCUCCGAAAUCAACGCGGUCAGCCAGUCAACGAAUAAUUCAUCUAAAAAGAAAGGUAAAUAUUACGAAAAGAAAACAAGUCCUACUACACUGCAUUACAAAAAAAAGACAAAUUCUACUACAUUAUCGCCAUGCUAUGGCUGCGAUUCCACGAAACACAGACGGGAUGCAUGUCCGUUUAAGAACGCAGAAUGCAGAAAAUGCAGAAUCUGCAAGAAAACGGGACACAUUGCUAGAAUUUGCUUAUCGAAGCAACGAAAUAAAAUAAAUACUGUCACAUUACAAGGUAUUCUAGGCACAAGAUAUCAGUAUCGCAAAUUCGUGCAUAUUACUAUCAACAAAAAGCCAUUGAAAAUGCAGCUGGAUACAGGAGGGGACGUAACUACGAUCGGGAGAGAAAUUUGGACACGAAUUGGUCAUCCAAAACUCCAACCUCUUACUACUUCAUGUAUGAAUGUUUCAGGACAUCCAAUGCAUACCAUAGGAUUUUUUAACGCCUUAUUUGGCUACAAAGAUUGUAUGAUAAAAGCACCAGUCAUCGUACUUGAUCGUCCAGAAACUGCACUAAUUAGCUCUCAGGCAAUAGAUGAGCUUGGCUUAAUUGCCUCCGACGACAGGAGUCAUGCGAAACCGAAACAUAUUCCACGACGUCCAAUCGCACUCGCAUUAGAAGAACCAGUCAAUGAAAAACUGGAUAGACUCGUUAAAAAUGGAAUUUUAACGCCAGUCGACUUUUCGGAAUGGGCUGCGCCCAUAGUAGUUGCACGCAAAGCAAAUGGGAAAAUAUGUAUUUGUGCAGACUACUCUACAGGAUUAAAUGACGCACUGGACGCGGAGGAUUAUCCAAUCCCAGGUAUAGAGGAACUUAUGGCAAAACUUCGAGGAAGUUCUAUCUUCUCACAACUAGAUUUAUCUGAUGCUUAUUUCCAUCUAAGACUGGAUGAGGAAAGUAAGAAGCUAACAACAAUAAAUACUUAUCGAGGUUUAUUUGCUUACAAUCGGUUGGUUUUUGGAUUAAAACCAGCUCCUGCAAUUAUCCAACGUACGCUGGAACAGGCACUUACAGAUAUUCCAGGCGUACUCGUCUAUCUUGAUAAUAUUCUGAUUUAUGGCCAAGAACGCACAGAGCAUGCGUUUAUACACCCUAAAGGUAUUGAGCCUGACCCAGCACGUCUUCGACCUAUUCAAACAAUGCGAACUCCGACGAAUGCAAAAGAGAUACGCUCGUUUUUAGCAGACGCUAGUUCGAUCGAAAUUGGUGGCGUCCUGGGAGGAAUGUUGGGUACAGCACGUCCCAGAUGGCUAGCCCUGUUUAAAACGUCGAAUACAAAAGGUCUAGAUACACGCACAGUACAUUGUUUGAAACGAUGGGCUCUUCGACUAAUUGGGUACGACUUUGACACAGAAUAUGUCAACUCCGAAAAAUUUGGUCAAGCGGACGCUUUUUCAAGAUUAAUACAGGAUGUAAAACAAGACGUAAUAGACGCCGACCUCGAAGAAGUUGUAGCUGCGCUACAGGAAACAAAUACAGAGCUACAACAGAUCGUCAACAAAUUAGUACACAAGCAACCUAGUAAAAGAAUCAUUACAUCUAAUCCAGGGAAAUCAUUCAAAGAAUCAUUACAUCUAAAUCCAGGGAAAUCAUGGUCACGCCUUCACAUUGAUUUCGCAGGCCCGAUACAUGGACAACGGGUACUUGUCAUUGUCGACAGCUACUCCAAAUUCGUGGAAGCAGGAUGGUUCUCAACAAUAACAUCGGCAGCAACAUGUCGAUAUCUGCGAAGACUCUUUAGUCGAUAUGGACCUCCUGAAGUACUAGUUUCAGAUAACGGUAUUCAAUUCACUUCAGUGGAAUUCGCGCAACUCUGCGCUGAAUUUCGAAUUCUUCACCUGCGUACCCCUCCUGGGCAUUCACAAUCAAAUGGUCAAGCCGAGAGAAUGGUCAGAACAUUGAAAAGUUCUAUCGACACAAGUCAAAGUUCACAGUUAGAAACGGAAUUAAACAAGUUUGUUUACGCAUACAACUACACACCCAGUGAUGCGGUACCAGAUCUUAAGUCUCCGGCAGAAAUAUUCUUUGGACGUAAGCUUAGAACUCCAUUAGAUAUUUUUACUGCAACCGAAAAACCUAAUCUAAGUCUUACUUCUCGGCAGAAGCAAAUAAAACAGCAAUUCGACACUCAUCACGGCGAAAGGCCAAGUUCAUUUGUUAUAGGUCAAUCGAGACAGGAAAAGAAAUCCAAUACGAUUAGCGAAGAUCUACUACCCUCCGGAAAAGAAUCAGCACGGACUGAACCAGAUCCAGUAUUUCACACUUCGCUAGGAGAAAGAGAGGAGGCAGAACCUCUCAACAACGGGACCACACAACCUCUAGUAGCAGUGGCUCGUCGUUCUGAACGUCUUUCGCAUCGACUUUGA